GCUUGUGGGUUCAGAGUACUGUACCAAAACUGAAAAGUUCAAUGCAUACAGGGGAAUCCCGACAUGCUUCUUUGCCUCACUAUUGUUUUGAAUUGUCAUGAUGUCUAUAGUCUCUGCAUGUUUCUUUACCACUUUUUGCCCGCAUUUUUUAGUUUUCAAUUUUGUAGAUAUUGCUUAUCUUUUUGUAGAAUAAGUCAAGCAUGACGUGCUCAAAAGGAACUUCGUGGCAAUCUAUGAGAUCAUUUGAAGAAACCAAUUGGCAAAUGUUGCAGGAUGAAAGACUUUGCGACAUCACUUUUCUAGUGGGGAGCGAAAAGGAAGAAAAAAUAAUGGCACACCGAUUUAUUUUAGCAAGUAGAAGUCCAGUCUUCUUUACAAUGUUUUGUGGAUCACUUCCAGAGACCAAUCACAUACCUGUUCCUGAUAUUGAACCUGCUAUAUUCCUCGAUUUGUUAAGGUUCAUUUAUACGGAAGAAUGCUGCGUUGACGAGAAUAAUGUUAUGGCUCUACUAUACUGUUCAAAGAAGUAUGAACUGGAGCGUCUUAAAGGAGCCUGUCGAAAGUUCCUCAACACAAAUAUGUCUUGCGAAAAUGUCUUUACAAUAUUGCAACAUGCUAUUGAAUUUCACGAAGAUGAUUUGGAAAACCGAUGUUUAAAGUUUGUGAUGCAGAACGCUGAAACGGCCUUAAAAUCAGACGGUUUUUCGACUAUUUCCAAAGAAGUUUUAAAGAAAAUUAUUGAAUCAGAUGAACUUUGUGCUAACGAAUUAAAUGUGUAUGAUGCAUGCAAGAGCUGGGCAAUUGCACAGCGUAAUAGUAAAACUGAUCAACAGGAACAUUCAUGGGAAGAGCUGAGGCGUGAGUUAGGGGAACUCAUAUAUCUAGUGAGGUUUGCUACAAUGUCUUUCAAAACAUUUGCUGAGAAUGUGGCCAUUGAAAAUAUAUUGACGCCAGAAGAAAAAGUGUACGUAUUUCAAACUAUAGCAGGAAUAGUAAAUAGUAAUAUAUGUCUCCCCUUCCAGACAAAAUCACGUAAACGACUGGCUAAAGUAGAAAUUGUUGAUCUACAAAGAUUUGUACCGAAUCGUUGUAAGCGUUUGUGAUAUAGUGGAAAGCCUGACGUUUUGAAUUUUCAAGUUUCGAUUCCGUGUAAGCUUUUAGGUUUAAGUUUAUUUGCUCCUAAUUCAACAGGAAGUUUACAAGGAAAAGUUAGUUUGCAAAAUAGCACAUCUGAAAUGACAUCUAAGGACAAUUUAAAGAUUAUAUGUACGAAAAGUCUAAGUUUUCUGAAAAAGUAUUGUUUGAUAAACCAGUGGAUAUUAGACCAGGAACAGAGUACACUAUAUGUACCUUACUAACAGGAGUUGAUACAUUCUGUGGAGAAAAUGGUCAAGAAAAAGUCGUAUCUGGACCACUUGAAGUUCUUUUCUUACAAAAUGAUAAUAGUAAAAAUGGCACCUCUGCAACAAGAGGACAAAUCCCUUCAUUGACUUUUGAGGUCAAACAGUAUCAAUAAUUUGAAUGAAACACUGAUAUAUUUAAUGU